UUCAAAAGUAUAUCAGUACGUGAGUCGAAGCAAAUAUUUACACAACAACCAAACAUGAUCUACCGCAGUAAACUUUUGGUGGCAUUCAACUUGAUUUUGCCAGUUCUACUUGGGCAAAUUUCAAUCUUGAGAGGAAGCGAUGUAGAAACAAAGGAAAGAAACCAAUCCAUGUCUGAUGAUGAUAUCUGUACUCUUUACGAUUACUCCCUUGUACUUGAUCAAUGCCUAUUUCGAAAAAAUUAUAAACCAUUAAUAGUAACUAUAGCACGUAAAUUUACUGAUGGAAUAAACAGAGUUAGAAAUAUAUCUCAGAGUAAAAGAAUAUUAUACGAUAAUGAAAUUACCAACAAACAUUGGAGUAAGAUGCAUAAUAUGAUAACGGAAAAUUUUUAUCUAUAUGAAGCUCACAAUGUAUACUACUUUGUUUAUCCAGUAAACAUUCUAGAUAAUUCUUUCACUAUAUACUGUCAAAAAAUGCUGUUAGGCGAUCAGUUAGGUGUAACGUUUGAUUUUGUUAACGUAAGAAAAGAGAAUCCAUUUUUUGAAGAUAUUUUAGUUCCUCUAAAACCAAGUUGCUCCAACUGCCCUCUAGUAGAAUAUGUUAACAAAAAACUAAAAACAGGUGAAAGUUUCUCGGAAUUAUUUGCAUUAAGAGAACAAUUGUUUAGAGAAAAAACAAAGUACACUUCCCUAAAAGCAUUCGACAAUGAUUUCGCUUGCAAUUCGAUUGGAUUUAACAUUAAUUCUGAGAGCGAAAGUUUUUUAAUGCAUUUUAACACAUUACUGCAACAAAUUCAAAACAAAAAUGUUGAUCAAGAUAAAAAGACAAGUAUUUCUGAAAGAAGUCUAAAGUGUUUCAAGUCAAGAAAUCUGGUUGUUACAAAAAAAUUUUUUUACGAUAAUAUUAACAAGCAGAAUAUAAAAGACCCGUUUACUAGAAUUAAUUAUUUAAACUGGAUUAAUGAAACUGUAUUUUCACUCAAUGUGAACGAUACCUCAUUUGGCAACAUUUGUAAAAAUGAACACAAAAUAUAUGUAUUAAAAUUAUUUUGUUUUAUAAAAGAUAUAUCAAGUAUGACAUCUUACAACAUACCAGGGUGGAUAGAUACUCUACGACAACUUGUCACUUCAUCAUUAAGCAAACAACUGACGUGGUUCAAUAUUUUGAUGUCUUUGUAUCAAAAUGAGUAUUUAAUGGAAAGUGAUUUAAUUUCAUUGCGACUUGAAAAUUUGAAAAAUGAAAUACAAAACGAAAGCGGGGAUUGGAUGAUUGUGAUGACUACUGCUUACAACUUGAUUUCAAAUUUAAUGAAAGUUUGGAAUUGAUCUUACCAUAGGAAAUGGACAUUUUUAAAAAUGGAGUAUAUCGCCACCAUUUUGAAGUAAAAAUGAAAAAAAUUUGUGCAUGUUCUUAAAUAAAUUAUUUGUCACGUGUAAAAGGAAUUUUAUAAAUAAAU